CACAAGCGAAUUACACCAACCAUCCACAAGCGAAAUACAGCCACAAUCCACGCGCGAAAUACACACAGAACCCACAAGCGAAAUACACCCAGAACCCACAAGUAAAAUACACCCAGAACUCACAAGAAAAAUACACCCAGAACCCACAAGAGAAAAACACUCAGAACCCAUAAGAGAAAUACACCCAGAAUCCACAACAGAAAUACACCCAGAACACACAAGAGAAAUAUACCCACGAUCCAGGAGAGAAUUACACCAUCUAAAUAUAGUCACUAAAUAUACUUGGUCAACCAAGCUGCGAGAAAUACUACGACCAAGCAACAGGAACGCUUUGUUAAUCAUGUUUUGCUUGAUCAUGGCACAACAAUUCAGCGGAAACUUCAUCACUAUGCAGUAUCUGAAUGUGUUGUUUAGCAAAAUACCGAUGGGUAUCGGACCAAACGUAGCGACGAUGAUGGUCCUGGCUGUCGGCCUUAUAACUAGCAGUUUAACCACCAUAAUAGUGGAAUGUCUUAAAAGAAGAAAACUUUUGAUUCUGUCUGGGUUCGGAACGUGUUUGACAUUGUGCUUUUUAGGAAUUUACCUUUUCUUAGAUGAACAUGAAUUUGACGUUUCCAACGCCUCUAUUUUACCAGUUAUCGACCUAAUUAUAUAUCAAAUAAUGUAUCAAAUUGGCUUAGGUACGUUACCAAAUGUUCUCCUAUGCGAGUUAUUUCCUGCGGAACUAAAAGGCAUUGUUGGUGCCAUCAUUGUGAUUUUCGAUGGUAUAAUUGGUUUUAUCCUGCCGAAACUGUAUCAAGAUGUUACCGAUACUGAUGGAUGGUUUGCGAUUUACAUUGUCUUCGCGGCAGUAAGCAGUUCGGCAUUUCUGAUGCUGUUUAUAUUGGUACCAGAAACGGAAGGAAAAACAUAUCGCGAGAUUGAAGCGCUUCUACUUAAUACAUAUUUGAGUUCAUAG